AUGACGGACCUCAAGACCGCCGCCUAUCAUGCCGACGACGUUCUCGACGACUUCCGCUACGAGGCGUUGCGACUCCGUGCUGCACAGAUGCGCCCCUACUCCACGGCACGCAAGAUGCUGAGCUACUUCACCACCAGCAGCCCGAUUGUUUUUCGUCUCUCCAUGAGCAGGAAGAUGAAAGAUGCCCUUGAAAUGAUAGACGAACUGGUUGUGGAGAUGAAUAACUUUCACUUCCUACAACAUGCCGGGGCACCAACCAUUGUUCAGCCGCAAACACACUCACAUGUCAAUGAAUUACAAAUCGUCGGCAGACAAGAUGAAAAGGAACAAGUGGUGAAGAUAUUGCUCAACCAGUCUGAUAAUAGCAACAUUGGUAAUAGUGGCAUCAUGGUGCUCCCCAUAGUUGGCAUGGGGGGAAUUGGCAAAACUACCCUUGCCCAACUUGUUCACAAUGAUCAAAGGGUGAAGGACCAUUUUGAGUUGGUCUUGUGGGUAUGUGUCUCUGACAAGUUCAUUAUUGAAGAAAUCAUCCGGUCCAUAAUAGAAGUGGCCACCAUGAAGAAGUGUGGUUUGACUCAGAUGGAGGCACUGCAGAAGGAACUCAGUAAAGUUUUGGCCAAGAAAAGAUCGGGUAGUGCUGUAAUUGUGACAAGCCGCAAUGAUCAAGUUGCUUCUAUGAUGGGCACACUUCCACCACAUCAGAUGUCACUUCUAAAUGAAGAUCAAUCAUGGGAGCUUUUUCACAAAAAUGCAUUUGGUAGAGAAGUGGAAAAACCAGAGGAAUUCAACUCAAUAGCUAAGAGUAUUUUACACAAGUGUAAGGGGUUGCCUCUUGCUAUCAACACAGUGGCAACUUUACUUCAUUCAAAGCAUCACAGUCAGUGGGUUUCUAUUUUGAACAGUGAUGUUUGGAAGAAUGACGUCCUGGCAACUGGGAUUGUACCUGCUCUACAGCUGAGCUAUGAUCACUUGUCAUCAGAAGCAAAAUUAUGUUUUUCAUUCUGUGCUAUUUUCCCCAAGGAUAGCCCGAUGGAUACAAACAUGUUAAUCCAGCUUUGGAUGGCAAAUGACUUUACUGCAUCAGAAACAAUAGGCCAACAAAUUUUCAAUAUGCUAGUCCAAAGAUGUUUCCUCCAAGAUGUGGAGAUUCAAAAGAAUCGUCUCUCUCAGUUUCGACAUGGGUUCAUCCACCGACCAACUACUUGCAAGAUGCAUGAUCUCAUGCAUGAUCUUGCUGACUCUGUAAGCGGAAAUGGUUGCUUCCACUUGCAAUCAUUUUCAUCACGUCGACGAAUUUUGGAAGGAUCCAUAGACGCUGGUUCAUUACAGCAUCAGGUUCGACAUUUGUCACUUGAUUAUGACUAUUUUAAUGUUAAAGUCAUGAUGAAAAUUCUAGCUCCCGGAGCCCGCACGAUAUUAAGCCAACGCCAAUUGGGCUAUCAACGUCCACUAAGAAAGUCCAAGUCAGAAUUAAUGUCCUUACGAGCAGUGAAGACGUUCCCAAGCAUAACACAAAUGACAAAUUUGAAGCAUCUUCGCUAUUUAGACUGUUCUUAUUCUGAUAUAUCUGCAUUGCCUGAAGCCACCACCAUGUUGUAUUGCUUGCAAACAUUGAAGCUCAUUGGUUGUAGAGAACUCAAGAAAUUACCAGAAGGGAUGAGAUAUAUGAGCAGUCUUCGACACAUCUUCCUUGUUGGGUGUCAUAGUUUGGAGCAGAUGCCGCAAGGUAUUAGUCAGUUGAAUUCCCGACAAACGUUGACGAGUUAUGUCAUUGAUAGUGAUACAGGUCGUGGAAUUGAUCAACUGAAAGAUUUAAAUCUAUGUGGUGCUCUUUCUUUGACUGAGCUGAGAAAAGUGCAUGGUGCAGAAAAUGCUAAACAAGGCAAUAUGUCUGACAAGCAUAAUUUGAAGCGAUUAUCACUCGAUUGGACAAAUGGACAUUAUGGCUCAUAUUUUGGAUAUGGAGUCGAUAAUAUUGCAGAAGGGAUAUUGGAGGCUCUUCGUCCACACAAAAAGCUUGAAGUUUUACUGUUAUCUAAUUAUACUGGUCCCAAAUUCUCAUCAUGGAUGCACAACUGUACCCAGUUAGAACAUCUUAGUGAACUUUCUCUGACUGGAUGUGAGAACUGCAAGUAUCUUCCACCAUUGUGGCAGCUGCCCUCUCUUGGGUACUUGGCUUUGGAUGGUUUGCAUAGCGUGACAAGUAUAUGUAUUGUUAAUGAUGAGAUGGACAAUGUGGAAUCAUGUAUUUCUCGGCCACCCUUCUUUCCUAAAUUGGAAACCAUGAUAAUUUCCGACAUGCCUGAGCUAGAGAGAUGGCACCAAGAGGUGGCAGGACAAGUGGCAAUUGUAUCAUUGCCGCAGCUCAAGAAGCUAAUUAUUGAUAAUUGCCCAAUGCUAUCAAGCAUGCCCAGGACGCUCCCUUUGGUUGAAGAUCUACAGGUGGUUAGCGCAAGAGACAUUCCCCUUCACCAUCUAAUGAAUCUGUCUAUGCAAUCUAAUCUUGAGUGCAAAGGCUCCAUUGUAGUUGAACCUGUUGGUUGUCUAUCUAUGGACCUUCAUUUCUCAAGGCUUGGUGACUCUGAUGUGUUAGUGAGACUCACAGUUUUGAGGGAAAAUGUAGGGCGCUUUGAAGAGGAGAUGAACAGAACACCUUGCAGAUUUAUUAAGAAGCUGGAUAUAAUAGAUUGUGACUGUCUUUUCUCACAUGAACUGUCCCAAAUACAACGGAAUAUAUGGAACCAUUUUGGUUUUGUUGAAAGUAUGUGGAUUACAGGCAUCAAUAAUAUAAUACAAUGGCCAGCAGUAGAAUUCAGAAACCUCAAUCAUCUUCGACUUCUACACUUGUCUUGUUGUUCCAACUUAACUGGUUCAUUCCCAUCAACAAUAUCUGAUGACGAAAAUGUCCUGCUUCCUCGACUCCAGGUUCUUAAAAUUAUAGGAUGUGAAAAUUUGGUGGAAAUACCAAGGCUGCCUGCAUCUCUUGAAAUAUUGCACAUCAGUUGUUGUCAGAAGCUGGUGUCCAUGCCAAUAAUUCUCGGGAACAUAAAAAAGAUGAGAGAACUCGAAGUGUAUCGGUGCAGUGCACUGGCAACAUUUCUAGAUGGAAUGCAUGGAAUCACUGCACUCAAGAAGCUGCGAAUGGAGUGCUGCCCAACCCUAGAGACACUACCGGAGGGGCUCCUGCAGCAGCUCCCAGCCCUCCAGGAACUAUGUAUUACAGAUUGCCCCAAGUUGGAGGAGGCCUUCUCAGGAGGAGGCACUUACUGGGAUUUGGUUGAAGCAAACUUGGAGAGAUCCUCCUCAGAAGGAGGCAUUUGCUGGAAUUUAGUUGGAGAGACGGCCACUGGAGGAAGGCCUAUUCACUGCAAAGCACUGAAAAAAAUAGCGCGCUAUAGCGUCGCUAAUAGCACGCUAUAGCGUAUUGAGAAUUGCCUCGCUAAAUAUAUCGGUGUACAAUG